AUGCCCAGAGCUCAACUAAAAGCAUCAAAGCGUAAAGGGUUGGCCGUUUUACGGGCUCCUACUGACCCUGUUGGACGUUCCAAAUUAAACGCUCCACGCCUUACCAUGCCCAUAUUCACCGUUCUUUUCGGAUCGGAAAACGAUAGGUCACCUGAUCGCACUCCUCAUACUCGGACGGACGAAGAAGAAUCCGUUGCGGCUGCUCCACUAGUUACGGAUACACCUGGGGACAUGCUUCAGCAACUCAAUCUGCCCAGUUUACCGCCGGGUCGACUUCCUCAAGAUGCUGAAUUUUAUUGUCCCUUGCAUUGGAUCUAUGGCGGGGCGGAUGAAAUGUGCUGGGAAAUGCAUCGAGCUGCCCAACGUGUUCCGCACUUACUGAUGAGCGAUGCUCUCGAUUCUGGGACCGGCACAGAAGCGGAUCAGGAUUUGUGGCGUAAAGAAGAGUCACUUUUGAUCGAAGAGUUGAAUCUGAUCGGUCAGCAGACAGACGAAUUUCCCAAACUUCCAGACGAUGGAGGGGUAGAUUUCACUUCUGCGCGUGCCUCGUUGAUCAAAUCGCUGGAAUCUAUCGCUUUGUCCACUCGUGGCUAA